ACAAACAUAACCACGUGUGUGUAAGACGAACGUGGCACUUGUUCAGUUUGAUUGAUCCUUGUUUCAGAUUUGGAACAAACAUAAAACUAACAACAACAACUUUCAUCAUUCUUCUUGUUCCAAACAACAUAUUUUGAAGAUCGAAACAGUGAUGGCAACAGGUACACAAGCAUACGGUGAAUCAUGGUACUGGGACAACCGUUACACAAACGAACCUGGUCCUUUUGAUUGGUACCAAAAGUAUAUUACUUUGGCUCCUAUCAUCAAUCUCUAUGUUCCCAAGAACCAAUCUAUCCUUGUUGUUGGUUCUGGUAAUUCAGCGUUCAGUCAAGGUAUGGUUGAUGAAGGUGGUUACAAGGAUGUUGUUAACAUUGAUAUAUCUUCUGUGGUCAUUGAUGCUAUGCAGAAGAAAUACCGAGAUCGUCCUCAAUUGAAGUAUUUGAAAAUGGAUGUCAGAGACAUGAGUGCUUUUGCAUCAGAGACUUUUGGUUCUGUUAUUGACAAAGGAACUCUUGAUUCUAUCUUGUGUGGAAACAAUUCAAGACAACAUGCUACUAAGAUGCUUGAGGAAAUUUGGAGGGUUCUCAAGGCUAAAGGAGUCUAUAUUCUGGUGACGUAUGGAGCUCCACUAUAUCGCUUACGUUUGCUACGUGAUUCAUGCUCGUGGACAAUUAAACUCCAUGUGAUAGAGAAACUUGCAUCAGAAGAAAAAUCUGUUAAUCCACUCUGGGAGCUGACAAAACCUAUUCCACUUAAUAAUGAUGGAAGCUCUGUGGAUGAAACCCUAGGACUGAAUCCCGAUGUCCAUUAUAUAUACAUUUGCACUAAGGAAAUUUCUGCUAACUCAAACGUAAAAGCAUGAAUGCGCAGUUUAGCGUGGAAGGCAUGCAUUUCCAAUCUACACAAAUUUGUGAUAACUACUCUUUUACUCUAGUUGAUACUAGAAUUUGUAAUGUCAAAUCGAAAGUUAAUGAUGUUAUUUGGUACAUCAGUUAGUAUUAUAAUUUUUCUCAGCAUUUGUGUGAUCUAAAGACAGUAUAACAUUUCUUCACUUUUAGAUUAGGUUGAUUAUUCCAUAAGUUUUAUGUUAAUUGGACCAUUUGUAAUACAGUUGUGAUUAUUCUCUUGUGUUUUAAAUAUUGAAAAUGGCUAUUUUGAUGCAGCUAGUCACCCAAA